AUGGGGGUAACAUGUACAUAUAACUUUUGGGGGCUGUCUAACCCUCGCUUUCCUCUCACUUUCCAAGUAAAUGGUCUGCAGGCGCGGACAUUUGGGAUCUGGACACUGCUCGCCUCUGUGAUCCGCUGCGUAUGCGCCAUAGACAUCCAAAAUAAAACGCUCUAUCACAUCACCCUGUGGACGUUCAUCAUGGCUCUGGCGCACUUCCUGUCUGAACUAUGGGUCUACCACACUGCAGAACUGACAAUCGGCGUUAUGGCGCCACUGAUGGUUGCGAGCUUCUCCAUUCUCGGCAUGCUCAUCGGCUUCCAGUUUCUAGAGGUUCAGGCUGAGCCGCCAUCCUCCAGCACCAAGAAGAGGAACUGAUUGUGGGCAGGACCGUGACCUUUCACCUCUGAUGCCAAAAGUGCCCAGGGCCCCUGAAGGAACAUUGCACAACACAUUUCUUCCACAACGUUUAUUGUUUUAAAUAAAAGGGAAGCGAUUCCGGUGGGUGAUUGUCCGGCG